AUUUCUGGCGUGUACGAACAAAUGUUAUUAGAAGAUUUGGUAAAUGACUUCUAUAUUGUUUUGCCUGGAGAAACAUUUGAACUUCCUACCAAAUUAACUAACAUCAAAAUGUUAAGAUCAGUCGUGAAGAUUUUGAAAUACGUAAUUGAGAGUAUUAUAGAAAUGGAAAUAUAUAAAGAAGUCAAUGACACACUUGAUCAAUUAAAUUAUGUUCAUAACCCAUUUAAUGAUCUCUUUAAGGCCAAUGGUGUUGAACAAUCAUCACACUACAAAUUAAAUUUUAUCUACAAUCCAUGGUGGACACCGAAAAAAAAUAUUUCUUCUCGAAUGUUGACUGCAUUUGAAGAAAUGGAAAACAAGAAAGAAUAA